AUGUCCGCCUCAGACAAUGCGUUCCAAGAACUCGCCCGGAUCUUUUCGACCAGAAAUAACCGCAUUCUUGAGAUCGAGAUUCUCCCGCCAGCUCUUGGUCCCCUGCUCCAAGACGAAUGCUCUGUAGGUAUAACAAAGAAAUACCUGGUUCAGUCGUUUGUGGUUGCUAGACGUAUAUUCUUUGAGAAGUCGAGGUCCAACUUCGAAUGUGGAUCUCCACGCGCGAUACUUCGGAACGAGAAUGAGAGCGUAACGCACGGCGCUUCGGACGCGAUCCUCGAGGACCUUCUAGUCUCAACAGAAAUAAUCUUGUUAUUCGACUGCGAGCAUAUUACAGCAUGCAACUGGAGACGCGGACGGCUGGACGCCCUCAACAGACACCAUGAUUUUUCCUCCGACGAUCCGGGGCCGCUUAUCCAAGCUCUAGAAAAUGAGCUCACCCUGAUGACAACUUACCUUUGUUCGCCCUUGCACCGGCAUACAAAAUCCCCGACGUUAUGGCAACAUCGAUUAUGGGUGCUAGCUCGGUUACUCGAAAUACGCGAGGUGGGAGCGAGACGAGCAAACUUCGUCAGCCCGUUCGAAGUAACAAACCAACAACAGAAGAGUAAUGUCGACUGGCUAAAAUCUGAGCUAGCUGUUGUCCAUCGGGCCGGAGAACUACACCCACGGAACUAUUAUGCUUUCAACUACAUGAGACAAGUGCUCGGCGUCCUUUCCGAUACGACAAAAGCCCGGCAAGGUCCUUCUGCGUUGGCCGAGUCAAUCAUUGAUUUGGCGCUGCCUUGGUGCUUGGCCCACCCUUCAGAUGUAUCCGGGUGGAUGUUUAUGCUCUAUCUCCUGGAAGUUGUUCCGAAAGGAGAUCUUCAUCCUAAUGUUGUUAAGAAGGUGGUCGGCUACGCUUUAGAUGUCGGGUGGGAAGGCGAGAGCCUCUGGACUUUUAUAGACCUGUCUGUUCAAUCGCUUGGUCUGGAGGAAACGGUCAGAAAUACGCUGCAGAUGAUUCCGGGGACCUCCUAUACUACUAUUUCCACGGUUCAAGAUGAAUCGACAAGGAAUACAGCUCUGCCGGCGCGGUCUUGGAAAUCUUGGCUGACGAUGGCGAGGAAAUACUGGGAUAGCUGCAAUCAAGUUGCCUAA